GUGGAAACAUGUUGGCAGGUCAGUCACUUCAUGAAGCAUGGUUUCGGAAGUUGCUCGUGUAGCGCUUUUGGGAUGAGCCUAAAGCAAUGCUGUGUGGCUAAGGCAAUGCUCACCUAAAGAUGUCCUGAACUAGAACAAAAAGCAAGGAACGACAAUAGAGGCGACCUUCCCCGUCAUGGAAGAAAAUGCCGGACAUGGAGAAAUAGCGCGCACUCUCGUGCGGCCAACAAGGCUUCUUGGCUCCAGCUGGGUUCAAAAUUCCUUGGCGUUUCCUGGGCGGUCCGCGUCGUGUUCCGCGGUUUUCAAGGGCAUGACAGGUCCAAUUCCUUUCCUCCACUCCUUCUUCCGCAGCUUCUGCGUCGGCUUCCUCCUUCUGCCACCGAGCUACGGAGCGACGGAGCUACGCAUCUCGGAGGUGUCGGAGUUCUCCACGGCGGAGGAGGGUUGUUUGACGCCAUGGCUGGAGUUAGAACACUUCGGAGCAAGCCCACUGGACCUUUCUGGGGCGAUUUUAUGUGGCCAGGACUCUUGUAGUGGUGCUUCUGAGAGUUACACCUUCCCAGCUGGCAGCCUCCUUCCAGCUGCCUCACGUGCCGUCUUGUGCCAGCAAUUUACGUUUCCCCUCGGUGGCUUGGAGGCGUCCAUUGUGACCCUGGAAGAUCCUGGAGGUCAGCGCUUGGCCACGACAGGCUGGAUGCCCGGCUGUACCGUGACGACGAGCAUCAUGUCAUGCACCGAUCGAAUCUUCAGCGAAUUUGCGCGUGAGCAGAAGGUCUCCUAUGGCCGGUAUUUGGAUCAAACGGGCUUUUGGAGAUAUGGUUUUCUGCAUCCACCCACACCAGGAGAAGAGAACAUCUUGAACUGCUCCAACGGAAGCUCUGGAAGCUGCAGCUAUGUCCCUGAGCACAUUUGGAACGUGACCUGUGCGGAUUCCUAUUCUGAGAGCUUUGAGGGGAAUGAGGCCCUCUGCCUGGCAUCUUGCUCGGAGGACUCCAGGUGCAACUUCUUUUGGGUGAAUGAGAAUGGCAAGUGCAGCAAGUUCGAGGUGUGUGACGACGUCCGGGCGGUGGUGUGGGCGUUUGACGGCAAAGAGACGAGAACGACCACCUGGCGAAAGCUCGUGGGAGCAGCACCGUGGCCAAGCACCCCUGUGUGCACAUCUCCCUUCUGGUGCAAGGGACAGGGAGCGGAUACUACCUCGACCACGACCACAGUCGAUAGUACCACCCCAUUGGCCGCCGGCAUCAGCAGUGGAUCAUGCCCUCACGUCGUCCUGCUCCUUUUUGUGUUCGUAGUCUGGGCUUAUCAAUAGUUGGACAUGUUCCGAAGUUCCGUCAGCGUCGCUGACCCGUUUCACACCGCUGGAGGCCGCCAAACCGUGCCAAA